UUCUCUCUUCUUUUCUCUGUGUGAUUCUCUCUCAUCGCCUUCUCUCUGUGUCUCUCUUCUCUGUCUCUGCCUCCCUCCUACCCCCCAUCCCAGCCACCUGUUUCCACCAUCAUUGGGUCCCCAUCACCUCGUGUCUUGUCCUCCGGAGCCCUGGGGCUACCAGGAAGUCUGCAGGCUCUCCAUCCCUGGCUGCCUGGCUCGUGCUGGCUGCUGUCCAGGUGCCCGGCGUGGGAGUGUCCCCCUAGCCACCGGCUGAGUGCGGCACAUGUCCCUCACCUCCUGCCAGGGAGCACUGGUGCUGCUCUGUGUGGGGGGUCGUCCUUGGAGCCCAGGUUCCCAGUGGCGCAUGAAAGCAUGGACUUUCUAAACAGCUCGGUGACAAGGAAAAGGAUGAGGACCCCCAGCCCAAGGCCCUAAAGGCUGAGUAGCCAGCGGGAUGCCAGGUCUGCUGAACCAGAUCACAGGGGCAGCCCUGCCCCUCACCGCCUCUGACGUCACCUCCUUCGUCAGUGGUUACGCUCUGGGUCUGACUGCCUCUCUCACCUAUGGCAACCUGGAAGCCCAGCCCUUCCAGGGCCUCUUCGUGUACCCACUGGAUGAAUACACCACGGUGAUCGGCUUUGAGGCGGUCAUUGCCGACCGGGUCGUGACAGUACAGAUCAAGGACAAAGCCAAGUUGGAUAACUCCCAUUUUGAGGGCACCCGUGUCCGAGCCACCUCUGUCACAGGGAACGCUCUGCAGGAGGCGAUGUCCGCCAUCCCUCCUUCCUGCACACCAGGGAAGCUGGCUUUGGAUGAGGAUUUGGAGCGGAUUCUGUUUGUGGUCAACCUGGGGACCAUUGCCCCUAUGGAGAAUGUCACCGUCUUUGUCAGCACCUCCUCGGAGCUCCCGACACUGCCCAGCGGGGCUGUGCGGGUCCUGCUGCCUGCUGUCUGCGCCCCGACUGUGCCUCAGUUCUGCACGGAGAGCAUCGGCCCCUCCACCCAACAGACCCAAGGGAAAGACAAGCAUUGCUUUGGCACCCGUUCCCUGGACUCCUGGAGCAAACUGUGCCUGGCGACUCUCCUGGAUACCGACGUGUCCAACCCCAUGGAAUAUGAGUUCAACUUCCAGCUGGAGAUCCGUGGGCCGUGCCUGCUCGCAGGGGUGGAGAGUCCCACCCACGAGAUCCGAGCUGACGCCGCCCCGUCCGCACGAUCGGCCAAGAGCAUCAUUAUCACGUUGGCCAACAGGCACACCUUCGACCGGCCCGUGGAGAUCCUCAUCCAUCCCAGCGAGCCCCACAUGCCACACGUCCUGAUGGAGAAAGGGGACAUGACCCUGGGAGAGUUUGAGCAGCACUUGAAAGGAAGAACGGAGUUCAUUAAAGGAAUGAAGAAGGACAGCAGGGCAGAGAGACAGACAGAAAUCAUCCGGAAACGCCUCCACAAGGACAUUCCCCACCACUCCGUCAUCAUGCUCAACUUCUGCCCUGACCUUCAGUCAGUCCAGCCCAACCUGAGAAAGACCCAUGGGGAGUUUAUCUUCCUCAUUGACAGGAGCGGCAGCAUGAGUGGAACCAACAUCCACCGUGUCAAGGAUGCCAUGCUGGUAGCUCUUAAGAGCCUCAUGCCAGCCUGUCUCUUCAAUGUCAUUGGGUUUGGAUCCACAUUUAAGACUCUCUUCCCUUCCAGUCAGACCUACAGUGAGGAGAGCGUGGCCAUGGCCUGUGAUAACAUCCAGAGAAUGCGUGCUGACAUGGGGGGCACCAACAUUCUUUCCCCGCUCAAGUGGAUCAUCCGUCAGCCAGUGCGCCGAGGCCACCCACGGCUUCUCUUCCUGAUCACCGAUGGUGCCGUCAACAACACCGGCAAGGUGCUAGAACUGCUGCGAAACCAUGCCUUCUCCACCAGGUGCUAUAGCUUUGGAAUUGGACCCAACGUCUGCCACAGACUGGUGAGAGGGCUGGCCACUGUAUCCAAGGGCAGUGCUGAGUUUCUGGUGGAGGGGGAACGGCUCCAACCCAAGAUGAUCAAAUCUCUGAAGAAGGCCAUGGCCCCAGUCCUGAGUGAUGUAACUGUGGAGUGGGUCUUCCCUGAGACCACCGAGGUCCUGAUCUCACCUGUGAGCACCAGCUCCCUCUUCCCCGGAGAGCGGCUGGUGGGAUAUGGCAUUGUGUGUGAUGCCUCCUUAUACAUCUCCCAUCCCAGAUCUGACAAGAGGAGACGAUACAGCAUGCUUCAUUCCCAGGGGUCCAGUAGCUCCGUCUUCUACCAAUCCCAGGAUGAGGGGCCCAGCCCAGACGCCAGAAACUCUGCCAAGAGCAUGGGGUCACACUUCAACCUCAGACAGCCCAAAGAUGCCCAGCCAACCACUGGAGAUGCCACCACUAAUCCUGCUCUAGACUUCUCCCAGCGACGGCGGGCAUACAGCACCAACCAGAUCACCCACCACAAGCCCUCCCCAAGGGCUCCCACAGCAAGCGACCCCACAGUGCCUGCCAAGAGAUACCCACUUCGGAAAGCCAAGCUGCAGGACCUCACCAACCAGAGCAUCACAGAUGACCCUUGGUGGCAGAUUGAUCUGCAGCCCUUGCUGAACAGUGGUCUGGACCUGAGCCAGGGCCCCAAACUCCGGGGCCCAGGGGCCCGAAGGCCCUCUCUGCUGCCCCAAGGCUGCCAACCCAGCCUGCCCUCCAGCCAGGAGACCCAGACCUGGAGCCCCAUGAAAGAGCAAGAUCUUGGGUCUAGCCUGAAGCUUGCCUCAGACAGACGUAGCCCUGGGGACCUGGAACCGUCCCAUCACCCUUCCGCCUUCGAGACUGAGACGUCCUCGGACUGGGAGCCCCCUGCAGAGUCCGAGGAGCGGAUCAAUCCGGGCAGGCCCCCCACUCCAGGCCCGGUGCUGGGCAAGGCCGUGGUCAAGGGCUUGCGUGACAGUCAACGUUUGCAGUGGGAAGUGACCUUUGAGCUGGGGCCCCCCGGCCCGGAGCGGGGAGGGGCACACGACGCCGACCUGUGGAGCGAGACCUUCCACCACCUGGCGGCCCGCGCCAUCAUCCGCGACUUCGAGCAGCUGGCGCAGCGCGAAGGCGAGAUCGAGCCAGGGUCCAGCCGCCGUUAUCAGGCGAACGCUGUGCACACCAGCAAAGCCUGCAACGUCAUCAGCAAGUAUACAGUCUUCAUGCCUGUGGACGUGAGCAAGAGCCGGUACCUGCCCACCGUGGUGGGGUACCCCAACUCUGGUGCCGCAUGGCGGAUGGUCAGCUCUCAGGUCCUGACCCGACAGAGGAGAGGCCCAGCUGCUGGCUUCGGACGAUCUCAGACCCUGCUCGGGGAAGACUCGGCAGCAGGAGAUGGCAAAUUCCAGAACCUAAAUGAGGAAGAAAGCCCCACUGCACCCUUUGGUGAGACCACGUCCCCGGGCCGCGAGAAGUACGUUGCUUCCGAAGGUCCCCUGCGCAGUCUGGCCACCAAUACCCUUUCUUCCUUCAAGACCUCAGACUCUCUCUUUGGAUCCAGGCUGAGUCUGAGCAAGUCCAGGCUGCUGACUCGGGCAGCCAAGGGCUUCCUGAACAAACCGCUGACCAAGGCUCCAGAGUCAAGCCCAGGGACCCAGAGUUUCGACUACAUCCCACUGGUGUCUCUGCAGCUGGCCUCCGGAGCCUUCCUGCUCAACCAAGCCUUCUGCGAGGCCGUCCACAUCCCCAUGGAGAAGCUCAAGUGGACCUCACCCUUCACCUGCCACCGAGUGUCCCUCACCGCCCGCCAGCCAGAGUCUAAGACCCCGAGUCCCCAGGGGUGCACCAGCCCCUCCGUGCGGCUCCCCUCCUGCGACAGCUUCUCCCCGGAGCCCCUGGCAGAGGGCAAGCCAGGCUGGGAGCCCAGGGCUGUGGUAGAACACACGGGGAAGCUGUGGGCCACCGUGGUGGCGCUGGCGUGGCUGGAGCACAGCUCGGCCUCCUACUUUGUGGAGUGGGAGCUGGUGGCCGCCAAAGCGAACUCAUGGCUGGAGCAGCAGGAGGUACCCGAGGGCCGCACGCGGGGCACCCUCAAGGCGGCUGCCCGCCAGCUGUUUGUGCUCCUGCGGCACUGGGACGAGAACCUGGAGUUCAACAUGCUUUGCUAUAACCCGAAUUACGUGUAGUAGGGGUGGGAAGAGCGGAGAGGGAGGGGACGGUGCGGGCCUGGCAGGGGGGAGCUUUUGCAGCUGUAGCCAAUAUACUGAUUGCUAGAAAGAGCCCUGGACUGGCAGUCAGGAGGCCUGAGUUCAAUCCCAACUUUGCUACCACCUAGCUGUGCGAUUGUAAGCCAGCUCCUACCCCCUGUCUGGGCCUCAGUUUCCCCACCUGUAAAAUAAGUGCGUGAGGUAAGGGAGGUUGGACGAGAUCUCUAGAAGCUCCAAAGAAUGCCCAGGCAGCUGUGGGCUGGGGAGAGAGAAAAUACAGCUUAAACCCCAGUUCUCUCUGGAAGAGGGUCCCAUGGGCAACGUCCCCCCCCAAAUAAAAGGGUGGAUGAGUGAACCCAAAGACUGCCAGUAACCAGACCUGCAAGCUCACGUCCAAGCACGGGAGACCACCGCUGCCCACUGCCUUGUGCCCGUGGUGACAGUCCAGCACCCUGAAAUCCCACUCACAAACCCACUGGCGAAUUCGCCUUCCCAACAUGCUACAAAAAGUCACUCGGGGGCCUUUUCCCGGGGCUUGGAAGCCCUAGUGUACGUCAGUUUGCAGACUGUCGGUGACCUCCAGUCUAAGAGGACAAGGUAGGGAGGCCCAGGAGGGACACCUGCCGCUGAGGUAUUAAAACCAAGCUUCAGUCUGUGCUAAAAUAGUCCGAACAGAAUAGACAUGGUCACAGAAGCCGGUGGAGAAACCAGGCGACAACUUAAAUAAUUUGCACAGUUUCAGGAAUUGUGCAAGGUGAACUCCGCCGGUGCUGAGGGGCACGAGGGGGCCCUGCGUCAGCUCUAUUUUGGGAUCCCGGGGGCCCUCUUUGCAACAGAGAACCAGACAGAGCCUGGCUGUGCGUUUGGGACCAGCAGCUUUAGCUGGGAAGGGGCUUUAUUCAAAGAAAUGAAGGACGCUUGAAUGGUCCAGCAGACACCGCCCGGGAACUUCCCCCCCUCAAGCUCACCUGGACCCUGUGGUGAUGGGCGCAGCCUCGGACACCCUGGGGGCCCAGUCACCUCUGCCCUGAAGACUCCUCUGGAAGCCGAGCUGUCCGGGACCCCAGGCUGAACCCUCACACGCCCUCUCCAAGGCCUUAACAUCGCUUCACCAAGUGGUCCCUUCGGGUCCCAGGGCCCUGGCACAAAGCCAGUCCCUCUCCAGGGAGAUCUGGAGGUCCCCACAGAGCAAAGUGACCUGCGGGGGGUGCUGUGGGCUCUGGCACACGUCCCAGCCUCACGAAGCCUUGAGAAAUGACCAUUCUUCCUCAGGGGCAGAGGUGGAGAGGGGCUCCAACAGAAUGCCCUUCAGGCGUAGAGAAGAGGCAGCCUGGAUAGGAUAUGGUGUCCUGCACCCCCACAUACUGGCCUUGGGUUGGGGGCCCUUCUCUACCCUCCCCCUGUGCUAUGAAGUUUCCCAGGAGGGGUUUUCUCCACACCGGUCCUGCUGAG